AUGGCGCUGCUGCCGCGGGCGCUGAGCGUGGGCGCGGCCCCGAGCCUGCGGCGAGCGGCGCGCGCGCUCACCUGCGCCAUGGCGAGUCCCCACGAGCCGCAGUCCCCCGCCGCCGCCGCAGCUUCUUUCGACUACUUGGUGAUCGGCGGCGGCUCGGGCGGGCUGGCCAGCGCGCGGAGGGCGGCGGAGCUCGGCGCCAGGGCCGCGGUGGUGGAGAGUCACAAGCUGGGUGGCACUUGCGUGAAUGUGGGAUGUGUACCCAAAAAGGUCAUGUGGAACACAGCUGUCCACUCGGAAUUCAUGCACGACCGUGUGGAUUAUGGCUUUCAGAGCUGUGAGAGUAAAUUCAGUUGGCACGUCAUCAAGGAGAAACGGGAUGCCUACGUGAGCCGCCUGAACACCAUCUACCAAAACAAUUUAACCAAGUCCAACAUAGAAGUCAUCCAUGGCUAUGCAACGUUUGCAGAUGGUCUUCAGCCCAUGGUGGAAGUCAAUGGGAAAAAAUACACUGCCCCUCACAUCCUGAUUGCCACAGGCGGCGUGCCCACGGUUCCUCAUGAGAGCCAGAUUCCAGGUGCCAGCCUGGGUAUAACCAGUGACGGGUUUUUUCAGCUGGAAGACCUGCCCAGCCGCAGUGUCAUUGUGGGUGCAGGUUACAUUGCUGUGGAAAUAGCUGGCAUCCUCUCUGCUCUGGGCUCCAGGACAUCUCUUAUGAUAAGGCACGACAAGGUACUUAGAAACUUCGAUCCACUCAUCAGUUCCAACUGCACGGAAGAGCUGGAAAACGCCGGUGUGGAAGUGCUGAAGUUCUCACAGGUCAAGGAAGUGAAAAAGGCAUCAUCCGGCUUGGAACUCCAGGUGGUUACUGCGGUUCCUGGUAGGAAACCCGCCACGACUGUGAUCUCAGAUGUUGACUGCCUGCUCUGGGCCAUUGGACGGAACCCGAAUUCUAAGGGCCUGAAUCUACAUAAAGUGGGCGUUCAGACUGAUGAAAAGGGCCAUAUCAUUGUCGACGAAUUCCAGAACACCAGUGUCAAAGGCAUCUAUGCUGUUGGGGACGUAUGCGGGAAAGCACUUCUCACCCCAGUCGCCAUAGCUGCUGGCCGGAAACUUGCCCAUAGACUUUUUGAAUACAAAGAAGAUUCCAAGUUAGACUAUGACAACAUCCCCACCGUCGUCUUCAGCCACCCCCCUAUUGGGACAGUGGGGCUCACUGAAGAUGAAGCCAUUCAUAAGUAUGGAAAAGACAAUGUGAAAAUCUACUCAACUGCCUUUACCCCGAUGUAUCACGCUGUGACCACAAGGAAGACGAGAUGUGUGAUGAAAAUGGUUUGUGCCAACAAAGAGGAAAAGGUGGUUGGAAUCCACAUGCAGGGGAUUGGCUGUGAUGAAAUGCUGCAAGGCUUUGCUGUAGCUGUGAAAAUGGGGGCCACCAAGGCCGACUUCGACAACACGGUCGCCAUUCACCCUACCUCUUCAGAAGAGCUGGUCACACUCCGCUGAGAGCCCCGGGACUUGUGUGGCUUCCAGUGGGACCAGAAGACCUCCGAGAGGGAUGGAUCUAUCAAGC